AUGAAAGAAAACCGCCGGGAAAUUGCUCGAAGCAAAGGUACACUACAAAAAAGCCGAAUGGGAGUUCGAGGAAGUAAUAUGUGCAGUAAGUGGCAUAUUUUAGAUCGAAUAUUGCUUCUAAUCAGUCUAUUACUUGCUACAAAUGCAGAGUUGAGUAGCGAUGUAAAUUCCAGGGAAGUAUAUAUGCCGAUUUUUAAUAAUGGUCUAUCGUUCAAGGUGCCGCCUAUUAAGCGGUCGUCGCUGAUAGGAGGGGCCCCGUAUGAAGAGUUUGCGUAUAGUUCAAGUUUGAGCGCUUCCGACGGUGCGUUCUGCAUGGUGUUUGAUGACGGUAUGGAUUACGUAUCUAAAGAAGUUGUUUUUGAAAUUCGUGUAAUGGAUGUUCUGCAAGAAGAAACUGACUCGAGUCGGUUUGGCGGAACCAGCCACGAUCGCGGGAAGCAGUCUCUGGACUUUAGCAUCUUUAAUAACAGGAACGGCGAUUUAUUAAGAAGCAAGAGAAACCUGGUGAGCGGGGUGUCGGUCAUCGAAGUCAAUCCUGGAGACAGCAGUCAAUUCUGGAUAUGCUUCGUAAAUCUGGUCUACGACGGGUCGUGGAGCUCGAUCGACACCGAAAAGUCUGUAACGAUGCAGAUGACCUAUAACGAUAAUCUCAAUCCCGAAAUGCUGUUCCAUUUGGCCAAGCAAAUGACACCAGAAGUCGUGCAGGCUUUGAAGAAAGUCUCCGACGGCCUAUUUGAAAUGGUGAGCGACAUCGGGCUGUUGCAAAUGGAGAGCGAUAGGCGCAAUCUAAAUGAAGCGACCUACAGCUAUCUGAUUGUGGGGUUUGUGUUGCUCAUGGUAGCACAAUUGAUAUCGAAUGUUAUAGUUACUGGCUAUUUGAUCAUCAAAAUUAAGGGCAAGCAUCCUCGCCAUAUUAGAAAGAAAGGUUUGUAA